AGUGGUCUUAAAUUUAAUUUUUUUAAAUUUUCCGAGUGCAACUUAACUGGGUUCAUGUUGUAGGAGGAACUUAAGUCUGAAAAACAGAGAGAAUGUAUGUUUCUCAUAAUGUGAGCCAAUCAGGAUGUUUUGUCCUAAACUCUUGAUGACGUUGGUACUAAACCCACCAUUUAAAUGGAAUACCACGAGUAGGUCAAAAAACACAGCUGCACCACAAUGAUUGUAGCAGUAACUGCUUUGAUUUUCCUCAGUACAGAGGCUUUGGCUGGAAGCACAGAGGCUCCUCUUGUGGUCUCUAUAAAUGUGGUGGAACCUGGUGAAGAUGUUACUUUGACAAGUCCAUGUCACAGCAAGAUUUUCCACUGGUAUAAGCAGCGUCUUGGAUAUACCAUGGAUACUGUUGCUUUGAAUGUGGACAACCGUGAAUCGUCCAAGCGAACCAAUGACUCUCGUAUCACAGUCUCAACAGGAAAGGAUUGUACUCUCACCAUCAGAAAUGUCAGCAAAGACGAUGAAGCGACAUACUUUUGUUUCAGUGGAACAAUGUUCAGACCCAGUUUUGCCAGCGGCAUCUUCUUGGCUGUGACUGAUAAAAACCAGCAGGACCUUAGUGUCAAACUGACUCCAGAGAUAGUGUCCAUCCAACAAGGAGACCAGAUGUCCCUUCAGUGUUCUCUUCUCUCCGAGAACAAACUGAACAGUGUGCAGUGUCCAGGUGUGGACGAGGUUUACUGGUUCAGAUCUGAAACAGGAUCCUCUCACCCUGGCCUUAUUUACAUUCAAGGGAACAGAACUGUUGUCGCUACAGUCUGUCCACAAAGAUUCAAGAUUCCUUGGACAUUGGGACAUACCUCUGUGCUGUGGUCACCUGUGGAACAGUCUUGUUUAGUGAAAAGACAGUGGUGACAAGUAAGUAGUGAUUUCACCUUCUGU